UAUGCAAGGAUUUGGAUACCGGAUUCAGAAGUAGUGUGGAAGUCGGCAGAACUUUUGAAAGAUUAUAAACCAGGAAACAAAGUCCUACAUCUGCGACUUGAGGAUGGCAAGGAUAUUGAAUAUAAACUUGAUGCUAAGUCUAAGGACCUACCACCCUUGCGAAAUCCAGACAUACUUGUGGGUGAAAAUGACCUGACAGCACUCAGCUAUCUUCAUGAACCUGCUGUUCUCCACAAUCUCAAAGUUCGGUUUAUAGACUCAAAACUCAUUUAUACAUAUUGUGGUAAGCACAGACCCCCUGAAGUCUCUUUCAUGUUAUUCCUCAUUGGUUUAGUGGGCUUAGCCCAGGGAGACGAACGGAACCAGUCCAUCAUCGUCAGCGGGGAAUCGGGCGCUGGGAAAACCGUGUCUGCCAAAUACGCCAUGAGAUACUUUGCCACGGUGAGCGGCUCGGCAAGUGAAGCUAAUGUUGAAGAGAAAGUAUUAGCUUCCAAUCCUAUAAUGGAGUCUAUUGGCAAUGCCAAAACCACAAGAAACGACAACAGCAGUCGCUUUGGGAAGUACAUUGAAAUCGGUUUUGACAAACGGUAUCGAAUCACAGGGGCUAACAUGAGAACUUACCUCCUAGAAAAAUCAAGAGUGGUGUUCCAG